AUGAACUCGUACAGCGCCAAUGUUGCAUCAGAAAUCUCGUUGAAUUCCGCUAGAAAUCUUUCCGAUAGAGAAACAGGGCGCGGUGGCCAUUUUUCCUUACUCAUCAUCAUUAUAUAUAACGUAUAUAAUACGCACACAUGUAAUGGAGUAUAUAAAACUGUUGAAGCCGGUCGGAAAUGGAUCAGUAGCCGACCGUGGAUCGCGAGGAAAAUUCCUGGAAGAAUAGCAAGGGAAGAAAAAGAAGAUUCGUCUAAGGAGACAGCCAUGAAGUUGCCGCUUUUGCAGCUCGCGAUAUCGAUUCUCUUAACUGUUCCCGCCAGCAGCUGGCCUUAUCGCGGCACGGUGGGCGACAGAGAAUCGACGGUGUUGGUCGGCCCAGUUUACGGACUGUCACCUGUGAGCCUGUUGCCCGCAAAACCGGAGCUUUUGGGGACGGUGAUCCGUGGCCCUGCGACGGGAACCACGUUCGUCGAGGGAUCCUCCUCCGGCCCCGUCACCAUCGUGUCCCCUGGAACGCCCGCAAACGCACCCCGAACAACGCCAUCCCCGGCGCAAACCGUAGUCUCAGGUGUGCCGGAAGAUACGGUGCUCAUUAAAGGAGCCUCGGCUGGGGCGGUGACGUUGGUGGCCCCGUCUGACAAUUCUAUCGCCAAUAACGCGGCGUCAGCCCAGGCUGAGGCGAAGAAAGGCGGCGGUGCAGCAGCGUCAGCUGCUGUUGCAAUCGAAAAUGCAGAAGAAUCGUCGUCGGCGCCAAUUAAGGAAACAAUAGGCGUAGCGUCGGCGAACGCGGUGAUAGGUCCCUCGACCGGGCCCAUAAUCAUCGCCGGUCCAACUGCUCCCCCCCUACCUAUUCCCGUUUCCACUUCCGAACAGCCAGUUGCUGCCACCGUUGUUGAGACGAAUUCCGAUUCUCUCAGCGUGACCUCCACCGCAACCGCCAAUCUGUCAGUUUCCGGCUCGAUAACGACUGUUGAACGAGCCGAGGAUGAAGGGCCCGGUCUAGCGACAGAUAGCACGGAAUCAAGGAAGAUCGAGGGUACGGCAUCAAGCACGAGCAGCGUGACGACCACUUCCGGGAGCAUCACUACAGCAUCCGCAACAGCGAGAGUUAAUUUGAUUUCACCAGCGUCUACGAUCGCGGUCGGUCCCUUAAGUAACGUCGUCGUAUCGCCGACGAAAGCAUCGUCCGCGAUAGUUUCCGGCCCCUUGGGUACCGUUUCCACCGCAAGUGUAUCUUCGCUGGAUCAGAUCAAGACGCCUCUUCAUCCAUUGUAGAGCGAAUCUCGCGCAUCCUCCCUUUACCUGGUACCUUGGUCUCGACUUGUCGAGUCGAUCGACAAAAUACCCACGAUCAAUUAUUCCUAUAGAUCGUUUCUAAGGUGAGCGUUUUACAUAGGCGCGAUUUUUCAUAGGCAAAUGCACGCGUUGACAUUGCGUUGGCGAUCGACGAGGGGGAAGGAUAACAAGGAGAUCGACUUUGCAUGCGACUUGGCAUUGAUGGCCGCUCCAUUCAAUACAAUGGAGAGAUUAUUAUUUUUUUCUAUCUUGUCCGAGCAUAGUACUACGGAUUUUUGUGUUGUAAUAAAGACUUGCUAAUAUGGAUAAGAAG